AUGAACGGAUUUCUCCUCAUGUGGUUCUCUGACAAGCAUGAGCUGCAGAUCUUGCAUUCUUUGUUCUUCUUGGUGGCACACCUAUUUGGCUCAGCAGGGAACUUCAUCAUUAUCACCAUCACAACACUGGACCCACAGCUCCAGUCUCCAAUGUAUUACUUUCUGAAGCACCUUUCCAUUCUGGACUUCUCAUCCCUCUCUGUCACAGUUCCCCAGUAUGUUGACAGUUCCCUGGCAGGAAGUGGAUACAUUUCAUACGGACAGUGCCUGCUGCAGAUUUUUUUCUUCACAGGUUUUGCCAGUAGUGAGAUGGCCAUUCUCAUAGUGAUAUCUUAUGGCCGCUAUAUGGCCAUCUGCCUCCCACUGCACUAUGAGAUUAUCAUGAAUCCUAGAAAGUGCACCUUUGCUGUGGCAGCUGUGUGGCUAUGUGGAGGCAUCACAGGUUUAUUAUACAUAGCAAGUAUGCUCUCUAUCAGAUUCUGUGGAGACAGAAUAAUUCACCAACUCUUCUGUGAUGUCCCCCAGUUGCUUAACCUCUCCUGCUCUAAUGAUCACAUUGUAACAAUGGGAGUGGCUGAUUUCCUGUCUGCAAUGGCCUUUGCCUGCUUUAUUGGGAUUGUCAUCUCCUAUGUCCACAUAUUCUCCACAGUUCUCAGGAUGCCCUCUGCUGAAAGCAGGUCUAAGGUCUUUACUUGCCUACCCCAUCUUUUUGUUGUUUCAUUGUUUAUUUCUACAGGAACCUUUGCAUAUCUAACCCCAGCCUCAGACUCUCCCAUUCCUUUGAGGUUUUAUUCUCUAUCUUUUACACAGUACUGCCUCCAACUCUCAACCCUGUUAUUUAUAGUCUGA